AUGAUCCCUCUUUCUUCCGCCGGCGCCCAACCCCGGGGUCAUCAUCCCCUGCGCGCCGUCAAUACUGCCUCCGGACAGCCGAAUACCUUUCAGACCCUCGCCCAAUCUGAUGCGAAUCUGCCGACGCCCGUGGCCCAGGCGCAAUUCAGACAACACCCGACUGUCAUCGACUUGACCAGCGGCGAAGAUGCGCAAGAGAGGGAACCACCCGCGAAGCGACCACGACUAGAUAUACCCACUGGGACGUCCAGUGGGACUGCCAGUCCGGUGCCUGGUGUUGGUGGUAUUGGUGGGGGAGAUUUGAGAACUGCUCCGGGAGGUCCUACAACCCCGAGGCCACCCUCGACGACCUCGUGGCGUGGCAGGCCGGUCUGGUCGUUCCAGUCCUUGGUAUCCGAGACACCAGGUGUGGGAGAUGUCUAUGGGGACAAUGCGGCAGCACUUGCGCAGAGUGGGAAACCGGCGUCGCCGCCUCCUUUACCUACUCCCCCAUGGCGAUUUGCUCCUCAAAGACCCUCGAGUAGUAGGUCGAGAGAUAGCUCGCCCGUGAAAGCGGUACAAACCACGCCAUAUCGGAUUGAAACUCCUCCUGUAGCUCCAGCGUUGAAAGGCGAGAAAGUUGCGGACUUCUCGCCAUGGACCGGACACCACCCAGAAGACAUUCUCAACGAACAAACAGCGAAGCAAGGGUAUUACGAUCGCACCCAAGUCUCGCAAAAUGAGUCGAACACCGCACGUCCGUCAUUGUAUGCCCAGUUGAAGCAUCGCUCCGGAUUGCAAAUGCUGUCGUCGGUCUUCGCCUCCGCCUUCGAGAAGAGACAGGGCCACAACACCGUUGCUACUUCCUCGACCUUUAAGCCUCCCCCUCGAGUCACCCUGACGGAUAAUAAGCGUGAGAGUUGGCUCCGCGAUUUGGCAAAUCCAGCCGUUCCAUUGCGUCGGCUGAGUCGCACCAUACCUCAUGGCAUCAGGGGCAAGGUACUUCUCGACCAGUGCUUGGGCAAAUGGGUGCCUGUGGCGCGAGCAGUAUGGCUGGCAAAGUGUGUUGGUGCCAACGAAAUCCGCGCAUUCAAACGGAAAGGCACCAGUGGCCCAUUGGCAGUUGGUUUGGAAGCCAAAUGGGUUCGGGAUUGGACUGUAAAUGUGCAGCAGUUUCUCGAAACAAUCAUUGCUGCUUGUGGAACGGCAGACUGGAAAAUGAAGAUGACUUAUGCAGUUAGCCUGACUGCUCGCCUGUUUCAUGAGAACCUGCUGGACCACGACCACUACACCGGGUGGUUUUUGUCAUGCCUCGAAGCGGCACCUCUCAAAACCCUGCCGGUGUGGCUUCUAAUGCUGGGUAUAUAUUGGGGUAGUAUAAUGCGAUAUAGGAAACGCGGGCGCCGACUAGCAGAGCUGCUACUUGCAAAACUGACUCACAUCAGCAAAUCCGAACACGCUGGAGCCCUCAAGCCGCUUAUAGACCGUCUGUCUCUCUACGUCAAAAGGCUCAUCCGUGAGCAUACCUCUUCAGCUAUACUUCCAACCUCUUGGGCUACUUAUCGAGAUCUUGUUUCUUCGUCUUUGAAUCUGGACGAUAAGGUGGACAGGGCGAUUUUUCAAAACAUCGCAGAACGCAAUGUACGAGUACAACGGCCCAUGCCCUGCCAAAGCGCCGCGCACCGUUCAGGACAACAGCAGCAACAAUACAUCAUCCGCUUAUUCGAUUCUAUACGUACUGCGCACGAUAUAUCUUCAGUCUCUGUUGCCUGUCUAGACACCUUUGAAGACAGAGCUACACUUAUACACAAGUUGUUGGAAUGGACUGCCACUCCUUUCCGCCAUGGCCUUCGUCGUGUAUAUAUUGCUGUUCGCCUCCUACGGAAAUGGAAGAUGGCCGGUAUCGACGUGGAUUCUCAUAUCCUUGGUUUUCUCAGUGACAGCCCUAAGGCCAACGAAAAUAUGGACAUGGUCUACCACGCAAUCUCGGAGCUGGUCAGAUCCCAGACGUUCUCUGUCGGUCGAUAUCUCCAGUGGCUUAUGGCCAAGGGUGUGUCAAGGGAUUCUCUAUCAGAUCAUAACGUGAGUUAUCCACUCAGUUUGCCCCGGUCUCACCCGCUCACAGAAAGGCAGAUUAUCCCAGGCGGCAUCGGACUCCUAUCGCAGCUUCCAGUGAGCCAUCUGCCAGAGCAUGUACGCAACCUACGUGAUACUUUGUUGGUACGCGUUGGAAUCGCUUCAUCCGAGGAGGCUACGGUCAUUUCUCAAGUCAAAAACUCUAUCGCCACACGCCUUCCAAGAGUUUUUGGCGGUUACGAGGCCGAUUGUACUUUUGAGCCUGCUUACCAAAGUUUGACGUGGGCAGUCAAGUCUGAAAUUGGACAAUGGGUCCGUCGUGCAGUUGCUCAGCACUGCCGGGACCCGACCAGGUCGGUAUCCGGCGUGCCGUUCCUCACCGAUUUGAAAGUGUCUUCCCUGACUCCUGACGAGUUCUACGAAAUUCGUGGCCUCCUCGAGAGCUUUGGUGACAUUUCCAUGCUUGCAGAUGUAGUCAAACAGGCCGCCAGCAGUGACGACAACACUGUUUUGGCCUCUGCUGCUGAUACUGUCAAUUACCACUGUGGUUCAUUUAAUGUUAUUGGUGCUGCAACGGAUCUUUUUCGGAGGCUUGUCGAUGCAUAUUCGCUUCUCAAGCGACUUGGAACGGCAGACCUAGAUUUGAUCUAUUCGCUCAUCGAACUCGGUCUCCAGCUCCCCAAUGAGUACAACACGGUUGCCAUCCUUCGUCAAGAUCUUUCUCGGAUCGAGAACAGGUCUGCCCAAGCAGCACCAUCACCACUUUCAGACCAUAUACCGGACACAGUCACUGAAACCGACCCUUCAUUCCUUGAGAAGCUGGAUCGGUUUCUGUCGUCAGGGGGUGGCAUGGACGAGCAAACGAUGGAUGCUAUAUUCGAUGCACUUACCAAGGUCCUCGACAAGGGCGAUGGGCAAACGAAGUUGUCGGCCAAUGACGCCUGCAGGUAUCUUGCCCAUUUGAGGCCCUUCCAUCCGAAGCAUUUCGAUACCAGACUGGUCCGUUGGGUCUGCGGGGCUCUGAAAAUGUCUGACCGGACCGAGUUUUUCAAGAGUCUUUCUCCACUUAUCGGAGUGGGCUGCGUGACUAUACAGGCUUUUUUGUCUCUGGUGAAGAAGCUUUUGCAGGUAAAGCCGACCUCUGUUCCUAACGUGGAUGAACUGCAAAUGGAUCUCUUUGAGCUCCUUGCUCCUCCCGCAAGGCAGGAUGGAUGUCGUGAUUUGGUAACAUAUCGAUUCUACCUGGCACAACAUGAGUUUCGGACUAAACACUUGGAAGAGACGCUCGAAGUCAUCCGUGGUGCUGUAGCUUCGAUUGGACAAAAUGAAGGACUAUCGUCCGACCCAACACGGAAUCACUUGGAGACAAGCAUGGCCAUCUUGCUCUGUGAUCUGCUUACGAACGAGCCUGGCAAUGCAGCUCAACAGUCGAUGUUAAAGCUUACUGAUCAGCAACCAGCAUUUCUGGUCGCUCUGCAAAAUGCGCUCGAUCGCCUUCUUGGUCUCGACUCAUCAGGUCAAGCUGAGAACAAUCUGUCCGAGGCUGAGAGGGUGAUUAGCAUGACUAGCGACUUCUCACUUCCGUUCUGUCAGCUGAAACUCCAGAUGCUUUUCAAUGCAGCGUCUGGGGAAGAGGUCAAGAAUGGAGUCGUGGAUGUCAUGUUCAAGAUGGCAGUGGGAGAUUCUCGUUCGAAGAGGUCCAAUUGGGUUGGUCUAGUCGCCUUGAUGAACCAGGAUGCUGUACGACAGAUUCGAGAACGCGCUGAGAAGGAGUUCUUGUCGGUUCCGAUGCUGCCGCUGGAAGCUUCAGCGGACGAGGACGGGUUGUCUUCUGUCAACUACACAAACGCAGUUGAGACUGCAAAGAUCUACUUGAUGAUCAUCGAAGAACUGGCAUACAGUGUUCCGGAAUCUGGUGUACCGUCAAUCGCCCCCAUUCUUGUCGAAAAAAUGGAUCUUCUGCUCAACAAAUUCGUGAUCAUGCAAACCAAUUUCACGAAUUUCGCCGAGAACAAGAACGAUACCAAUGGAGAGGGUCAACUGAACAAAGCCCGUUCGGAUUUCGAACGAGGUCUUGCGUUCUGGUUCUCUGUCCUUCUGAGGAUGGUUGUUAUCCACCGGUCUGCAUUCACGUCGUCUACCAGACCAACCAGCCUGCAGGAACAAACCCGCAUCCUAAUCUCAAUCUUCUCCGUUGCACUCGCGCGCUUCCCGAACAGUCUUCUGCGCCUCUUCCCAACAGCUGAUUACUUCCCACACCCCCACCAGCCCGGAGACUACCGGCCAUGCCCCGGUAUUCUUCUCCAGACGCACGCGUUAGACGUCGCAGCCUCACUAAUCGACACCUUCCCCGACGAAGCGCGCCAUCACUGCGCACGCUUCCUCAAGGAGAAAUGCCCUCCUUUCGCGCAGUUCCAGAACGACUCGCGCUUCCUCUAUCUCCUCGGUCCGCUACCUGGCUAUGGCGCUGGUGCAAACACUGCACAACCAGUAUCACUACCUUCACCCGCUGCCUCAGGCUCAACUCCAACGCCGUCACAAGCACAACCCCCCGCCGCAGCUGCGGCACCAUCGCCAAGUCUAUCUGCGGGAUUGCCCUCAGCUGAAGGACCAAACUGCAUAUCGAACAGUCUCCGUCUCCAAUACCGUGGACGGAUUGUUGGUACAUACCAUAUUCGUCCAUGGGAGUUACUGGAAGAUGCUGCCCCACUGGCGGGCGUGAAUGAUACCGCGAUCAGCCUGCGGUAUUUCGAUGCCAGGCGCAUUAGGGCUUGA